AUGUUCAACAUACCAAAUAUUCCAAUUCUAUUUGGUGAUAUUUAUUUUGCUUAUAAAAAAAAUGAUUUGAUAAAAUUUGCUGAUGAAGAAUUUCUACAUCCUUAUAUUUGUUAUAAUAAUUCACUUUAUGAUGAUUAUUUUACUGAUAGUGAAAUGUUACCUUUUAAUGGCAGAAAAUGUUAUCGUUUUUAUAGUUCAGAACUAUCUGCUAAAGUCGAUUCAUUUGGCUUGGAAUAUUUGAAAUUCAUCUACAAUAAAUUAAAACCUUACAAUCAAUAUUCAAGUAUGAAUUCAUCUGAAUCUAUUCUCAAACCUGAUAAAGAUUAUCCUGGAGUUCAGUGUUAUAGUGAUAAUCAAAUACCUAGUAUAAAUCAUGACCAUCCAUUUCCACAUGAUGGUGAAUAUAUAUAUUAUUUAUGUGACAAUGAUAAGAACAAUACUCAACCAAAAAAAUACAAUAUUUUAUUUCAAUCUAUUUGUAACAGACUUCCAGAAUUGUUACCAAAAUUGAUUAAUGAACAAAAUGAAACUGACGAAACUGAAUGUGAAUAUUGGGCAUGUAAUAAUUUACAUACUCGUUGUAAUUGUUUUUGGAAUUGUGAAAAUGGUGAAGAUGAAUUUCAUUGUGACACAUCAUUGAUAGUAUGUGAAAACGAGAAAAUACAAAAUAAAAUGAUGCUUCAAAAAAGAUCGGAAAAUGAAAUUCAAUGUUAUCGUGGACUUUCUGUGCGUAUUUGGUUGAAUAAUGAUGAAUCAACAUUUAUAUGUUUUUGUCCGCACAGUUAUUAUGGUUCGCGAUGUGAAUAUCAAAAUCAACGCGUAAGUUUGGCUAUUAAAUUUCAAGCAUAUUCAGAUUCUCGACAAACAUUAUUUGAAAUUAUUAUUCAACUUAUCGAUGAUAGUAAUGAAAGAAUAAUUCAUUCGCAUGUACAAUUUACUUAUUUAUUUGCAAGAGAUUAUGAUUUUAAUGGUGAACAUUGUUCAAAACAUGAAUGUAUUCAUGGUAAAUGUAUUAAAUAUCACGAUACUCAACAAGAUAAAAGUUUUUGUCAAUGUUAUCCGCACUGGUCUGAACAAUAUUGUACUAUUCCUAAUAUUCUUAAUUGUACAUGUUCAUCUGAUUCAUUAUGUGUUGGUAUAGAUGCUCAUAGCCGAUCCAUAUGUGUUUGUCCAUUGUAUAAAUUUGGUCCUCGAUGUUUUCUUAAAGAUACAAUAUGUGAAUUAAAUGGUAUUAAAAGAUGUAAUAAUAGUGAUCGAUGUAUUCCAUCGGAUUUAAAUAGACAAACAUUACAACCAUAUACAUGUAUUUGUUCGAAAGGUCCUCGCAGUGCUGAUUGUGAACAAGAAGAGAACAAAAUUUAUUUAUCAUUUGAAGAAAAUUUUCAUUCAUUACAAACAAUAUUAAUUCAUUUUAUUAAAAUUGAAACAACUUAUAUAUCAAAAAGAACAACUAUUUUUAAAAAAAUAUCUUCUAUGAAAGAAUCAAUUGUUAUUUCUUGGUCUGAUCCAAGUAAUCGUAUUUUAAUAGAGGAUCUGAAACAAAAUAUUUAUUUUAUUGAUUCUCAAAAUGUUGCAUAUCAUAAAGUAAACUUAACUAAACAAGCUAAAAUAUCAGAUCGUUGUCCACAUCAGUGUUUCUAA